AACCAAAAGCAAAACUCCCUUGCUCUCUCUCCCCACUUCAACCACACACUAUCUCCAUUUCUCCAGCAAUAUGCUCACCGGCCCCUCCUCCCCAAACGCUUCCUGAGCUCUCCGUCGCCGCCGCUGCUGCCAUGGAGCUCGGGCAGGUGCUGGGCUUCACGGCGCCGUCCACCAAGGAGAGUGACCUCGGCCUCAUGAAGAGAUCCGGCUUCACUCAGCCCGCCUCCUACCCCUCCCCCUUCCUCGACGAGCAGAAGAUGCUCCGCUUCUCCAAGGCCGCUCACGCUCUCCCAUCAGGUAUGGAUUUUGUAAGGCCGAAUGAGCAGAGGUUCUUGCUGUCCAAGAACAAGAUGCUUUUCACUCCCACACAGUGGAUGGAGCUGGAGCACCAGGCUCUCAUCUACAAGUAUCUCAAUGCCAAGGCCCCUAUACCUUCCAGCCUGCUCAUUUCAAUCAGCAAUAGCUUCAGAUCGUCAGCUGAUAGAUUGACUUGGAGGCCUGUCUAUCAAGGGUUCACGAAUUCAGAUUCUGACCCAGAACCUGGAAGAUGUCGCCGAACUGAUGGAAAGAAGUGGCGGUGCUCGAAGGAAGCGAUGGCCGACCACAAGUAUUGUGAGCGGCACAUCAAUAGGAACCGUCAUCGUUCAAGAAAGCCUGUGGAAACCCAAACUAGAAAGACCGCGAAAGAGACACCAGCUGCUGAUUCAUUAUCUUCCCCUGCCUCACAGGGUAGCUCCAAGAAAGCAAAAGCUACUAAUGAACUGAUGCCAGGAAGCAAUAGCUACUGGACAGAUAGCUUAAACAGGACAAUGGUGAUGAAUGAGAGUGCAAACAAACCAGAACAAGGCAACAAUGCUCCACUGCUAAAUUCUGCUGCUAAUCGACAACACACAUUGCCCCUGCUCUCUCAACUGAAGAAGCAGAAUAAACCAGACGAGUUCAGUCCUCCAGUAGAUAGUGAAUCCAUCUCCUCAAAUACAGUAUUGAAGCCUUGGGACAGAAGUAACCAGCAGCUGCAUGAUCGCGAGUAUCUUCAAUCAGUCCUUCAAAAUUUCAGCCUGCAUAAGAAUGACAAGAUCGAGUCUCAGAAAAACAAAGCUUCUAAUCCCAUGCCAGUUUCAUCGGCUUUCUAUUUGUCUCCAGAAGGUCAACACAUCAGUUGGCUUACACCUAACAUGACACAAGCGCAAGAAGAUUGCAUCUCAAAUUCUUGGGAGAUGCCUCAAGGGGGACCUCUAGGAGAGAUCUUAACAAACUCCAAGAGUACUGAGGACUUCACCAAUAAGUGUGAGUCAAGACCGUAUGGUUGGUAACUGAAUCGGGAGGACUAUGAAAUGUGAAUCCCCAUUAAAUUGGGAGCUAGACAUAGCAAACUCACUAUUGAAGGGAACAAUGGUGAUACAAGCAGGAUGAACUAGCUUUGAUGUGUGCCCUAUUGAUGCUUGUUUUUCUCUCCUUUCUAUUUUCAGAUGCUUUGUAAUCUCCAAUCAGUUGCAACUUUGUUUUUUCAUGAA